CACAGUUUCGUAAAACUAAAAGUCAAGAUUUUUUUUUAUUACAGGAAACUAAACGGAUCACUGGUAGGUAGGGAACUUGUACGCUUGUACGUGGUUGCAAGAGAACUAGCAGAACAUAAUAAAAUGUGGUCGGCGUGUGAACUUUGAUGUCGUGACUCCCUAUGCUCACCACUCCAUGCUGUCUAGCUCAGACUUCAGGCCUGAGCCAGCCAUUAUAAUCACAAGAUAUGCAAGUUUUGAUACUAACCUGUCAUCAUCAAUUGGAUAAACAGCUCAUCGAAAAACUCUGUCCUGUGUAAGGUGUAUGGAUAUUCACGAUGACCCCCUUUUCCUAUCUUGCCUGGCGUCAACUUUACUGAGGAUGGAGCACUGGUGGACGCCUGGCUGUGGAUUUCCCGUGCUUAAAGGUCAGGAGAGAUGAAAGGAAAUUAUAGAAACUAGGACAGAAUAUGAUCGCCUAGCCUAGAAAAGACUCAGCCCUCGCCGAACGUGGGCCUAUCCGGGAGAUGGCUAUCAAUUUGAGUGGAGGAUAAUAAUAAUGCGCUGGAGAAAGGGCGAGCUGUGCGGGUGACCGACGCGGAAGACUAAAUGCAAAAGAAAAGACUAGAAAAAAGUUUUUUCCCCUCAAUUUUACUUUUUUAUUUUAUUUUUUAAAGGGGGAAACGAGGUGUCUGUAGGAGGGAGUUUUUCUUCCGCUGAUGGACGGCUGUGUAAAGGUAUAAGUUCUUUAUUUUCUAUGUUUCUGUAAGGGCAAUGCGCAGUGGCCUCUUCUUCUCGUAUUUCUCAUCAUUUACCUCCUCUUCCUUCUCCUCUUGUUCACCUUUUUCUCUCCUUUUCUCCUCUCGCUAUACCCCACACACCACCUACUCGUCCACCCCAUGGAAGAGAAAAUGUAGGUCAACUGCCGGCAACAAGGUCCGGGAAAGUUGGCUGGUUGAACAAUUUUAAGGAACCCGUGCGUCAGCGGAUCAGCAGUCAGAAUUCAGUCGCUUCCACGGCCAGCAGCCAGCCGGGAACCCCUUCCAACAGCGCCUGAAACGAUCUCUAGCCGCAGGAGAACUAAUAAGGAAUCAUCAAAAACGAUACUUUUGCUCGUAAAAUUUCAUUUUCGAGUUCCGCCGUUGCAACAUUCAUCUUCGACAGGCGGAGUAAACAUAAGAGAAAGAGAAGGCGGUCCAGAUCGGAGAAACUUUUUUCGCUUCCGCUCGGCCACUUUAAAGAGGAGGCGCAGUCGCUGCAUCAAGUCAUUCACUGGCCAUCCAGCCACCAAAGCACAACUCAAGUUAUUUAUUCCUCAUUCAUAGUUCAUCUUUUGUGACAGAACAAGGAAAACAAAGAGAGGAUCUAUAAAAUGAUGAAAGCCUUGAUAAUGGCGCUCCUCCUCGUAGGAGCCGCGUUUUGCCAAGAGGCCGUCCCGUCCGAGCAAUCGACGCUUCAUCCCGACGACAAUCUAAUUGCCACCAGCACGGUCGCUUCUAAUAACAAGGAAGUGAACCAAGGAGAUGAACCCACCGUUUUACUACCGGCGCCAGUCGAUGUGUCUUUCGCCGUUGGCGUCAAAGAACAAGGCGACGGAGAAGGUGUUAUUCCCCGCGUCGAAAUUGAUACUGAUGGCGUCCCAAUUGUUCACGGAGUCGUUCUGCCUGAUGACCCCAAUGACACGAAAACCUGGCGCAAUGCUCGCGUCUUAAACAACGUCCUGCUCGACAAACAACAGCAGCAGCAACAGAGAGAUGACAACAACUCUGCCAUUCAAGAACAACAAGACAUGUUCAUCUACAGGCCUGCGAGCUCCGUCCGCAUUCUCAAUGACGAUUUCCAGCCUAGUCAAGCCGAUACCUCGUCUUUCUCACCGUCGUUGCCUUACCCGGCUUACUACUACCAGCGAUUCUACCAGGACAAAAGCUCGGCACAGCCCCAACUUCCGGAUUCGUUGGCUGUCGAGACGGACGAGGAAGAUUCGUCCAGCAAUCCCAGCGAAGCCGUUGAGUCAGUGUCGGAAGUAGACCCCAAUGUCGACGGGAGAGGCUUCAACAUUAAGAAGAAAAACACCGGCAUCGUCAAGGCGAAACCAGGAUCUUCAUACGGCUCUGGCGCUCGACCCAUUACCUACUACGUCAAAGCAGAAGAGGCCAAGGAAAUCCACGAUGACCGCAGUCCCUACGAAUACGAACCGGCCCAGCACCAGACUAGCUACUACACCAGUGAUUAUUCUACUCAGGAAUCCGUCUCUAAACAAGACGUCCAAUACUACCAGCAACAACUUGAGCAGCAACAACAGCAACAAUUGCAACUGCAACAGCAAGAGGAACAGCAGAUGAAAUUGAAACAUCAACAAGAACAAAAGCAACUUCAGCUCCAACAAGAACAGCAAUUGAAAUUGCACCAACAGCAACUCCUCCAGCAACAACAGGAUCAGCAAUUGAAACUCCAACAGCAACUUCUUCUUCAACAACAACAGGAGCAAGAGAAACUUCAAUUAGCUCAAUCUCAGCAGCAGUAUCAACAGGAAGCCAACCCACAACGUACUGGAUACUACCAACAAAAUGGCUUUGUGCCCGGUAACGUUGUUCCGGCACCUCAAGAUUCAUUCGUCAUUCGAGACCAGACCUACACCAGUGGAGGCCAGACUUUCUCUGUACCCAUUCCCGUUCCCAGGGAUCAGUACGUACAACAAUACGAUCAGCAGCAGUAUGCUGCUCAACAGCAGUAUGCUUCUCAACAACAGCAGCCGCAGUACGCGUACAAUUUCCAGCAGUAUCCUCCUCAGUUCUCUCAACAAUAUUACAAACAACAGCAACAGACCCAGCAGCCACUCGACUUCCUUGGCGCCAAGUUUAAGGAGCAGGUCCAGAAAGCUAAGGACAAGUUGCACGGAAUUACUGAUCCGGUGGUCGACCCUUUGAUGGAAGCUGGACAAAAGAUCUCAACUAAUUUGGGUCUGCCAGAUCGCGUUAACCAGAUCAAUCAGAAGGUUGCCACUCCCGGUAUUCUCGUCCCUUUGGCCAUGGUCGGUGGCGCCGCUCUGGCCCUUGGCGGUCUCGGCACGGCCAUCCAUUUGAGCAAUCCCGACACCAAGAACAACGUCUUCAAGACCCUCAAGAUUGACAACUCGACUCUGGCUGAACGCAUCACCACUGCUUUGCAUCCGUUCCGCAAUACUAGUCGAGUCGCCCGCUCCGCUGACGAUGAGGAUGAAGGCUAUCCGGCAGCAUCCGAAUUCGUCGACGACGAAAAGGAGAACCUCCUCAAUCACGUCCUGUCUGCCCUCAAUGGCCCGCAAAAGUCGUUCCUGGCUCAGAUGCAACAGACGGGCUUUGACGAAUGGCAGAAGACGCCGUGCGCCAAGCGAAUCUUUUGUGACGUCAUGAUCCAGCAAAAUGACGACGCCAUUAAUCUCAUGGAGAAACGCAUGUCCACCUUCCUCAGUCUACUGGACAGUGGCGUGGCGCGCAAUUUGCAAGCUCUGACGUCUGACGUGAUGGAUGGAAUUCGCCGUAGGAAUUGUCGAGCAUUCGUUUGCGGUAGCGCUCAACCCCAUCCCCAACAACAGUGAUACGCCCCGUAAAAACGGCCGACAUUCACGAGAGACAAAAGAGCAAUUCCAACCUGCUACUUUACAUUAGCGCCCAAACGGCGUCUCGGUCUUAUAUUACUUUUGUUUUUUGUCUCCAGCGUGCAUUCUUUUCUUAUUUUUAAUAAGCCUUUCGUUAAUAAGUUAUUGAUGAUAUAUUACUUAUUAUUGACUAAUUCUCUAUAGUUCGGACUAUCAUCAAAAGCUUGGAAGAAACAGCAAAAGUGUCAGAGAACCAUUUUAUUAUACGAACGCAAUUUCCGAACUGGUUUCGGCAAUUGGCAACUGAAGUAUUAGUUAACUUUAUAGUAAAAAAAAAACGCCUCUAUAUCUCGUGCUGUUUUGUUUCGUGUGUCGCCUCAAAGGUUGUUGCUUCAUUUUUUUGCAUCGACGUAACCCGCACACGUUUUUCUCGUUCGUCAGCCCGAUCUACUUAUUUACUAACGCUAUAUUUACAACGGUUUGAAAAUACAAAUGUCCAACUUUA